AGGGAGGUUUGAAAACGAUCAGACGUAGUAACAGCAAGUGAGAGGGCGUGACUGGUGCUAAACACUUCAGGGGGGCUGGAUGAUACAGGAUUUUACAAACUUGGUGUCCUAAACUUGAUGUGCUUUUCUUGAGACUUUUGGCUGACAUGGGUAAUGGAAUAAGCAAGGUCCUGCCUGAUCUCUAUCUUGGAAAUAUGAAAGAUGCACGAGACAGGGAGCUGUUGGAGAAGCACAACAUCACCCACAUCCUGUCAAUCCAUGACACAGCUGCACCCGUCCUGGAGGACAUGACGUACCUGUGUAUAUCUGCCUCUGACCACUCAAAGCAAAACCUGAUUCAAUACUUCAGAGACAGCAUCAUGUUUAUCCACGAGUCCCGACUGAAAGGAGAGGGCUGCCUUGUCCACUGUGUGGCAGGAGUGUCCCGCAGUGUGACUCUGGUGGUGGCUUACAUCAUGACGGUGACGGGUCGAGGCUGGGUUGAUUCUCUGGCGGCGGUGAGGGCAGUUCGGCCGUGUGCGGGGCCCAACCUGGGCUUUCUCCGGCAGCUGGAAGAGUUUGAAAACACAGAACUGACCGAAUAUCGAGCCUGGUGGAGGGACCGAUACGGGAAGAACUCGCUUAAUGAUGAUAAAGAGAUGGAAACUCUUUUAACUCAGAAAUCCAACAACAGCAGCAGCAACAACACCAUGGCAACCAGCAUCAGUCCUGCACUUGGCACCAGCGGCACCUGAAAAACUGUCUUCUGUCAGUUUUUCCUGAACUCAAGCUGCUGAGGACCAGUCAGCUUCUGCUUGGACCAUUAAACCCACUAAGACCAGACCAGCUGUUUGCUAUUGCUGCAGAGAAAAGCUGCAGCAGGAGCUCACUCUCUGUAUCAAUAUAUAUUGAAUCUCAUGUUUGUAGGAGUCAUGUGCGUGGGGGGGAUUUUUAUGUCAUUAUCUCAUCCCCCCUCAUCAUGUCAUGUCCUUGCCUCUAACUGUCAAAACAACAUGCAAGGGCAGUCAAGCAUGACACCAAGGAAAUAUGUACAUACAGUCCAAAGUGUGAACACACAUUUGGCAGCGCUUGCUCCCCCGUUAGUUACGUUAUGCUGUGUCUGCUACUUGAAAUAUGAUUAUUACUUUCUAUAGAUGGUUUGGAAGCUGAAGAAUACUGUCUCUUCCAGUAAAACAGUAUCAGAAGCAAUAUUUAUAUUUAUCGUAGUUUUAUUCCGUAAUUUAUGUUUACUUUUGGUUGAAUUGUAAAAAAGUGUGUGUGGUCUAAAUAAGACUCUCUAUUAUGCCAAUUAAAGAAGGAUAAACAGCAUUCACUUUAUGUUAACAGCUUGUGAAGAUAAUGAUUCAAAACUACAAAUCUGCUCCAUACUAUGAUUUACACAUACAUUACCAUUUUAUUAAAUAAAUAUCCAUUGACAUGAGA